AUGCCCGGCGAGGACAUCGCCAUCGUCGCGCGGGUCUCGUCUGGGAAACCCCUCGACGUAUCGGACCUCCCCGAGGACCUUCCUAGGCUCGAGGUGGCGCAUGAAGACGCGCACUUCGCCGUGGUGGUCAAACCCGAGGGCGUGAACACCGUCGGGGACGCCCGCGGCGGGUGGACCGCCGAGCGCAUGCUCCCAUAUUUUUUAGCCCCGACAAUCGGCGUCGAGGGCGCGCUGGUUCGUCCCAGGCCCGUGCACAGGCUCGACGCCCUUACGAGCGGGCUCCUCGUCGUCGCCAAGACGAGGCUCGCGGCGACGUCGCUGUCGGAGGCGUUCGCGUCGAGGAGGGUGACGAAGAGGUAUCGCGCCGUGCUGUGCGGAACGCCGGCGGAGCCCGAAGUACUCGUUGACGAUGACGACGAUGACGAGAACGACAGAGCCGGAGCCGCGGCGUUGAAACUCGGGGUGAUCGACGCCCCGAUGGAGGGGAAGCAGUGCGUGAGUCACUGGCGGGUGGUGAGGGACGCCCCGGACGCGUCGAUGAGGCACGGGCGACUCACGCUGGUGGACAUGUGGCCGAAGACUGGCCGGACGCACCAGCUUCGCAGGCACGCGGCGGGCGCGCUGGGCUGUCCGAUACUGGGCGACGCGAGGUAUAACCCGAAGCACUCGCCCGAGGACGACGUCGACGGUCUGUUCCUGCGAGCGGUGGAGGUGACGCUGCCGCCGAGCGCGACGCCGUGGAGGUUCGGGGACGGGAACGCGGCGGACGACGGCGAUAGAACCAAGUACCUUCGCGUGAAGGUGGACGACCCGGCGAAGUUCAGCGCUCGCGUCCCUUAG